AAAACCCAAAUAAGGCUUCAAAAACCAGAGACCCUUUAACCUAAACUCCAUUUAACUUGAGAGAAGAAAAGCCUCAUAGCUUUUGGAAGGAGAUGGAGAGUAUUAUAAGUAACCAAAUAUUAUUGAAAGAGAAACUUGGAUUCUUUGGGAUCCUCAAAGAAGCUGCGAAAAUCCCUUUCAAAAAUCUCAAUUUCAUCAUCUUCACCUGCCUAACUUUGCUUCCUCUGCUUUACUCUCUAUCCAUCUACGAAAGCAUGUUUACGCAAACAAUAAUCGAAGCUGCCAAAGUGUUGCGGGAAGAAGCUGAAGCUCAAGCUAAAAUGGAAAGUGAUUGCAUACUCUGCUCUCACCUGAGUUGGGUUGAGUGGACACAUGUAACCAAUCUUGAUUAUUUAAUUGGCAAAAUUUCUCAGAAACUAGUGAUUCUGGUUCUGUCCCACAUAGGAAUCCUCCAUUUGUGCGACCUAUUCAGCACAAUCGCCACGGUGAAUUCAUCGUCGCUACUUUAUGCAGGGCACAAGGCGGAUUCAUCUCUUAAAGAAAUGUUCACCAAACAUGUCAUGGACGCAAGGCUUAAAGGACCUCUGAUCACUUCAAUCUACGCUAUGCUUUUCGCCUCGGUGUCCUUGCUGGGGCUAUGUUCAUUGCUGUUAUAUGUUUAUGUUAUGGGCACUACUUCUCCUUUGUUCAUGAUCAUAUUCUUGAUUAUGUUUGUUGCAAUGCUGGGGAAAUAUCUGGAGUGGCUCGCUGUUUGGGACAUGGGCGUCGUGAUUUCGAUCUUGGAAGAGAAAGAAGGCGACGUGGCAAUUGUGAUCUCAUCAUAUCUUAGCAGAGAUAAUCGCCGAACUGGAAUCUUCUUGAUGGCUGGCUUUGUUCUUUGGAGAGUAAUCUUGCGAGUAAUGUAUGUAUUCUUAGCUUUGAAUGGUGGAGGAAGUAAAAUUUGGGUUUUGGUAGUUCAUGUUGUGUUGUUUGGCUUCACAAAUGUCUUCAAGUGGGUAUGCUUUGUAGUUUACUAUGUUGAUUGUAAGAAAAUAAGAUCCAAGAAAGAGGUGUCUCUGGUACGAGGUGAUGGAGUGUUGUCAGUUUAAUUAACAUUACCCACUCUAUACAUAAUAAAAAAUACUCUAUCCUUGCUUUGUGAUGAUC